GAGGAGGAGGAGGAUGAGGAGGAUCCGACGGUCGGAGAUGUGUUCGCGCUGGAGAUGGAGCUGAACCGAGAAAACAAGAAGAUGAUGAAGGAGCGGCGUCAUCGCAGCAAGCUGCCCCGAGCUCUGAGAGGCUUGAUGGGAGAAGCCAACAUCCGCUACGCCAGAGGAGAGAAAGAGGACGCCAUCUUGAUGUGUAUGGAGAUCAUCAGACAGGCUCCUCUGGCCUACGAACCGUUCUCCACGCUGGCUAUGAUCUACGAGGAUGAUGAAGAACGGGAGAAAGCGCUGCAGUUUGGUUUGAUCGCCGCCCACCUGAACCCCUCCGACUGCGAGGAGUGGAUCAGACUGGCAGAAAUGUCUCUGGAGCAGGACAACAUCCGACAGGCCAUCGUCUGCUACACGAAGGCCAUUAAGUACGACCCCACCAACGUGCGUUACCUGUGGGAGCGCUCCAGCCUCCACAUGCGCCUGGGCGAGCACAAACAUUGCAUGGACGGCUACCGCAGGAUCCUGUCACUGCUGCCGAUGGAGGACGGAGAGCACUUCAUGCAGCUGUCCAAGGACAUGGCCAAGAGUUACUAUGAGAGCAGUGACUUGCCCUCAGCUCUGGGUGUUAUAGAGGACGCUCUGGCGCGACACCCCAGCCUGGUCAGCGAUGACUUCAUCAACAUGGCAGCUGAGCUCUUCCUCGCCAACCGCCAGUACGAGAAGGCCCUGCAGGUCUUGGUCCAGUUUGCAGCUGUAGUUUUGGUCAGAGAUGAAAUCAAAUCUGACUUGGAGGAACCAACACAAGAAGAGAAAGCGGAAGAGAAGAUGACUGAGGAGCAGGAGAAGAGUAAUGAAGAAAGUACAAAGUCGAAGAGCGUAGAGGAAACGGCAAAAGAGGAGAAGGGGGAAAUUAAGGAUGUACAGGUACCAGACAGCGUCCCAGUGGACCUGAGGGCCAAGCUAAUGGUCUGCCUCAUACACCUGCAUGUCUACACACCGCUGGAGGGACUGGUGUCAUCGCUGAUGGAGCAGAGUCCGGAGGAGAUCGGUGACUUGUACCUGGAUGUAGGAGAAGCCUACCUGGAGGAGGGCGAGUACAUGUCCGCUCUGCCACUGCUGUCUGCCCUCGUCAUAUCCGAAAAGUACAACCUGGCUGUCGUCUGGCUCCGACAUGCAGAGUGUCUGAAGGCGCUGGGCCACAUGGAGGUGGCAGCAGAAAGCUACACUAAGGUGGUGGAGAUGGCUCCGCAGCACCUGGAGGCCCGGCUCUCCCUGGCCACCCUGCAGCAGCAGCUGGGCCGGCCAGAUCGCGCCCUCAAGGCCCUGGAGUCCAUGUACGACAGUGAAACACUGGCACAGGACUCGUCAGCCGCACAAAAGGAAUUAAAGCUGCUGCUGCACCGUUCCACACUGCUGAAGACGCAGGGACAAACACAGGACUACCUGGAUGCUAUGAUCACUAUGAUCUCCAUGCUACUGAAGGUGGCCAUGCAGCGAGCUAAGGUGUGUGUGCGCACUGUAACCGUGUCAGGCGAGAAUCACCUCAGGCUGGUGAAGGGCACAGACAUGCUGCCAGAAAUUGCUGACCAUGAAGCUGCCUAUCUGGACAACACUGGUAAAACCAACGUGCUGUCCAAAGAGGACUGGUGGCAGCUGCUGGUGAGCUGCGUCCGGACUCUGUGUGAGGUGAAGCGCUAUGAGGAGGCCGAGCUGCUGGUGGAGUCCGCCAUGGAGUUCUACUCCUUUUACGACAACAAGCCCAGGAGGAAGGAGCUGGAGUUCUUCGGCCUGUCCGCCACCAUCCUGGACCACAACCACUACAAGGCCUACAACUACAUCAGAUUGAUGCUGAUGGAAAAUGUGCAUCUGCCUCAGCUUUGGAAUAUUUUCAACCAGCUCACGAUAACCUCCCAGCACCAGCGCCACCAUCGCUUCUGUCUGCGUCUGCUGUUAAAACACCCUGACAACCACGCCUUGUGUGUCCUCUGCGGACACAACGCCAUGGUGUCGGGAAGCUUCAAACAUGCUCUGGGUCAGUAUGUUCAGGCCUUCCAGACUCACCCCAAAAACCCUCUCCACAGCCUGUGUGUGGGUCUCACCUUCUUCCACAUGGCAGGUCAGAAGUAUGUAGCCAAACGACAUACGCUGGUGCUGCAGGGUUUCUCCUUCCUGUGGCGUUACGUGGAGCUGCGUGGAGUGUGUCAGGAGAGCAUGUACAACCUGGGCAGAGCGCUGCACCAGAUGGGCCUCACACAUUUGGCCAUACAUUACUACCAGAAGGCGCUUACACUGCCUGCACAGAAACUGGAGGGUAUCCCAGACGAUCAUGUGGAUCUGAGGAGGGAGAUCGCCUUCAACCUCUCCCUCAUCUACCAGGCCAGUGGGAACAUGGAGAUGGCACGGCAGCUCAUCGACACACACUGCAUCGUUUGAAAGUGCACACAAAGGCCUCAUCAUCUGUGCCAGGGUUGUUGAUUGUGAGACUCAGUUUAAGUCCCUGCAAGUGCCUUAUAGAAAUAUGGAGGACAAAAAAAUGACAAAUUCAUACAUAAAUAAAUGCUGAAAUAAAUAAAUAUUUUCAUUAACAAAUAAACUCGGAAAUGAAUGCAAAAAUAAGUAAAUGCAUACGUGAAUAAUACAUUUCUGUUGG